AUGUGUUAUCAGUUGGUUGAGCUCUACUCUGCUUGCCGGUGCCUCUACUACCAGCAUGCUGUUGACCGGUGUGCUGCCUAUGGCCGGCCAGGUCAUGGCAUACAGAGGCGGACAAUCUUGGUUGGGUACGCCUGCAGCGACCACUCAUCGCACCGCUCCGGUGGCUAUGAUUACACCCAUUCCCAGUACUCAGACUCUGGCUACUACUCAAGCCGGUCGUCCAAGAGCUCCAGCGGCCGG